AUGGCGGUGGCGCGGGGAUCCCUCCAGCUGAGCAGGGCCUGUGCUCGCUCCCCCUGCGUCGCCAGGUCCCCCACCACCGUCUGCAACCUGCCGGCCACGCUCCUCAGCCGGUCGUACCGCAUCCGGACGAGCUCAUUGGACCUCGAAGUGGGGAACGUGUCGAACUCCUCGUCCAGCUCGUCGGGUGGCGCCCACUCCGCCUGCGAGAGCUUGGCGUCCAUGUGGGGAGGGUUCCUCGAGCGGAGCCGGAAGUUCGACAGGCCGAUCAUGAACAGGUACAGGAAGAUGGUGGGCAGGAUGAGCUCCGGGUACCGGACCAGGAUGAAGAAGAGCGCAUGGACGAGGAUGGUGGUGAUGGGGUUCCUCCACUCGCAGAUGACGUCGAACCACUUGCCGACGGCCACCAGGCCCGAGAAGAGCGAGGUGAUGCGGUAGAAGUUGGCCUUGCUCCGCCGGAGGCUCCACAUGUGGGAGUCCACGUCGAGCAUAUACUCCACAACCUCGCGGCGCAGGGGAGGCUCCGCCCGGGCCAGGCGGGCUCCCACAAUCUGUACCGCCUGGUGGCGGAGGUAGUCGAGGUGGACGACGGAGAUGGGCUGCACGUAGUGCAUCUUCGGCAGCAGCGGCAUGCCGUAGAGAGUCAUCAUGUUCACCCACCCCGUGCAGGUGAACCGCACAGCCAGGUGGAGCUCGCCGGUCUUCUUCAAUCCCGACGGCUGGAGGACCAGCAGCGGGUAGAAGUGGGUGUAGAGGCGGUCGGUCUCCAGCGUGGACAGCCGGAUCCUGACCUUCCCGAUCCUCUGGUCCCUGCCGCCGCCGUCGCCCUUGCCGCCGGCGACGUUGCCGUUGUCGAAGACGCCGACGGUGAUGACGGUGCAGGGGUCGUAGACCUCCCAGGUGUACUGCUCGUUCCACCGGGGGGAGACGGUGUCGAGCACCGUCCUGGUGCGGACCCACUUGGGGCCAAAUUUGGCGACGCAGUAGGCGUCGGUUGUGUGGCCGCUCUGCGCCUUCAUCGGCACCAGAUUGCGGGCGCCGAUGAUCCCCAGCUCCAGGACGCCAAUGCUCGGUUUCCAGAGGCUCUUCGCGGUGGGGAGGAGGUCGCUGCUGUAGUGGGCGGACUCGUCGAGGACGUGGUAGCCGGCGUCGAGGCUCACGCGGAGGUAGAUCUUGCUGGAGAACUUGGCCGGCUUCUUCUUCUCCCCGUCCUCCUCCGCCGCCGCCGCGGGGGGCCUCUCCAGGUUGAACCACCGCGCGACGGGGAGCUUCUUGUUGUCUAGCCGCUUCUGGGAGUCCUCCAUCGGCAGGAUGAGUCGCCCGAGGGGCUCGUCCUUGUUGGGCCCGACGCGGUCCUCGACGGUGACGACGAGCGGCUCGUCGUAGGGCUCCGCGGCCACGAACAGCAGCUCCUCGUUCCACAUCGAGUUGACGGAUCGCGCCUGCGACGGCCGCGUCCGCCGGAGCUGGUUCCCGAGUUGUAUCUUCACGUAG